GAAGAGAGACGAAGAAAGUUGAAGCAUCGCGAGUGAAAAAAGACGCGUGACACCACGAGCCUCGUUGACGCGAGAACACGAUAGACAGAGAGAAUAACCACACAAACGUACACGAAAAAAGGGGUGGGGGAGAGAUGGUUUAUUAUAAUUAUCGGGCGAGCGAGUGAAAGGGACUUGUCGCCCAAAGUGGUGGGGCACAAUUGUGCCGAGUCCGGUCGGCUUCGUAUCGCUUGUGAACUCGUAGUUCGUGGUAGUACGAAAAGACGCUUCGUGCCGUGACGUCAGCACGGCUUUCGGGACCGUUGUACGUAUCGUUUUCGCGGUCGAAUUUGUUUCUGUUUUUGUUCGUGUGUACGUGUUCGAAUCGCACGCGUGUGCAUCGGCCGAAAAGAAGCCAGUGUUGUGCGUAUUGUCGAGGUUCGCUGGUGAUCGUGGGUGCAGCGUGCACGGCAGGUAAUCGGGUUGUCGUCCGAUCGCCAUCAUUGUUGUCAAGAUGGCGUCGAAAGGGAAGCUAGCAACCGAGCAUGGCCGCUCAGACUCGUACAGGGUCGCCACGUUACCCAAAAUUCGCGACGACAACAAAACGGCCGACGGGAUGUUCAAGUCGCGGCGGAAGAACCCAAAGCGGAGGACGGACAAUCUAGACGACUUGAAGCAGGAGUUGGACAUUGACUUCCACAAAAUCACACCCGAGGAACUGUAUCAAAGAUUUCAGACUCACCCCGAAAACGGCCUCAGUCACGCGAAGGCAAAGGAGAACCUCGAGAGGGACGGUCCGAACGCGUUGACGCCGCCAAAACAGACGCCAGAAUGGGUAAAAUUCUGCAAGAAUCUGUUCGGUGGUUUCGCCCUGUUGCUGUGGAUCGGCGCGAUCCUCUGCUUCAUCGCGUACUCGAUCCAGGCGUCCACCAGCGAGGACCCGAACGACGACAAUCUCUACCUGGGCAUCGUGCUGGCGGCGGUGGUGAUAGUGACGGGCAUAUUCUCGUACUAUCAGGAGAGCAAGUCGAGCAAGAUCAUGGAAUCGUUCAAGAACAUGGUGCCGCAGUUCGCGACGGUGAUCAGAGAGGGCGAGAAAGUCACGCUGACCGCGGAGGACCUGGUGCUGGGGGACGUGGUCGAGGUGAAGUUCGGCGAUCGUAUACCGGCCGACAUCCGUAUCAUCGAGUCGCGGGGAUUCAAGGUGGACAACAGCUCGUUGACCGGUGAAUCGGAGCCGCAGUCCAGGUCUCCGGAGUUCACGCACGAGAACCCCUUGGAAACGAAGAACCUCGCGUUCUUCUCGACAAACGCGGUCGAAGGCACGGCGAAAGGAGUGGUGAUCUGUUGCGGCGAUCAGACAGUGAUGGGAAGGAUCGCAGGUCUGGCAUCCGGUCUCGACACCGGCGAGACACCGAUCGCCAAAGAAAUCCACCAUUUCAUCCACCUGAUCACUGGCGUGGCCGUGUUCCUCGGCGUCACCUUCUUCGUGAUCGCCUUCAUCCUCGGUUACCAUUGGCUGGACGCUGUAAUCUUCCUCAUCGGUAUCAUCGUGGCGAACGUACCAGAAGGUUUGCUGGCCACCGUCACCGUCUGCUUGACCCUGACCGCGAAGCGAAUGGCGUCCAAGAACUGUCUGGUGAAGAAUCUGGAGGCCGUAGAGACGCUGGGCUCCACGUCCACUAUCUGCUCGGACAAGACCGGCACGCUCACGCAGAACCGUAUGACGGUCGCUCACAUGUGGUUCGACAAUCAGAUCAUCGAGGCUGACACCACGGAGGAUCAGUCCGGGUUGCAGUACGACCGCACCAGUCCAGGAUUCAAAGCGUUGGCGAAGAUCGCGACCCUCUGCAACCGCGCCGAGUUCAAACCCGGCCAGGAGCACGUACCCCUUCUGAAGAAGGAAGUGAACGGCGACGCGUCGGAGGCUGCUCUGUUGAAAUGCAUGGAACUGGCCCUGGGCGACGUGAUGGGCAUCAGGAAACGCAACAAGAAGGUCUGCGAGAUACCCUUCAACUCCACCAACAAGUAUCAGGUGUCUAUCCACGAGUCGGACAACCCUGACGAUCCCAGGCACCUGUUGGUGAUGAAGGGAGCACCGGAGAGGAUCCUGGACCGUUGCACGACCAUCUUCAUCGGUGGCAAAGAGAAGGUGCUCGACGAGGAGAUGAAGGAGGCGUUCAACAACGCGUACCUCGAACUGGGUGGCCUCGGCGAACGUGUACUCGGUUUCUGCGACUUCACGCUGCCGUCCGACAAGUUCCCCAUCGGCUUCAAGUUCAACAGCGACGAUCCCAACUUCCAGUGCGAAGGACUACGUUUCGUGGGCCUGAUGUCUAUGAUCGACCCGCCCAGGGCUGCGGUGCCCGACGCGGUCGCUAAAUGUCGUUCCGCCGGUAUCAAGGUCAUCAUGGUAACCGGUGACCAUCCGAUCACUGCCAAAGCCAUUGCCAAAUCCGUCGGUAUCAUCUCUGAAGGUAACGAGACCGUCGAGGACAUUGCCCAACGAUUGAACAUCCCGGUAUCCGAAGUGAAUCCUCGCGAGGCCAAGGCUGCCGUCAUCCACGGAACCGAUCUCAGAGAACUGAACUCCGACCAAUUGGACGAGGUUCUCAGGUACCACACCGAAAUUGUGUUCGCCCGUACCUCGCCUCAACAGAAGCUCAUCAUCGUCGAAGGCUGCCAGCGAAUGGGUGCUAUCGUCGCUGUAACUGGUGACGGUGUUAACGAUUCGCCCGCGUUGAAGAAGGCCGACAUUGGCGUAGCCAUGGGUAUCGCUGGUUCCGACGUAUCCAAGCAAGCAGCCGACAUGAUUCUGCUGGACGACAACUUCGCCUCCAUCGUGACAGGCGUCGAGGAGGGCCGUCUGAUCUUCGACAACCUGAAGAAGUCCAUUGCCUACACCCUGACCUCGAACAUCCCUGAAAUCUCACCCUUCCUGGCGUUCAUCCUUUGCGACAUCCCUCUGCCCCUUGGUACCGUCACCAUUCUCUGCAUCGACUUGGGAACAGACAUGAUACCAGCUAUAUCGUUGGCGUACGAGCACGCCGAGUCCGACAUUAUGAAGAGAAGGCCCCGCGAUCCCGAUCACGACAACCUCGUCAACGAAAGGCUUAUUUCGAUGGCGUACGGUCAGAUCGGUAUGAUCCAGGCUGCAGCCGGUUUCUUCGUCUACUUCGUGAUCAUGGCUGAGAAUGGAUUCCUCCCGCUGUAUCUUUUCGGUAUCCGAAAACAGUGGGACUCGAAGGCCAUCAACGAUCUUCGCGACAGCUAUGGCCAGGAAUGGACGUACAGGGAUCGCAAGACAUUGGAAUUCACCUGCCACACGGCCUUCUUCGUCUCGAUCGUGAUUGUACAGUGGGCCGAUCUGAUCGUUUGUAAGACGCGUCGUAACUCGAUCAUUCACCAGGGAAUGAGAAACUGGGCCCUGAACUUUGGUCUGGUGUUCGAGACUGCCCUCGCCGCGUUCCUAAGCUACACGCCCGGCAUGGACAAAGGUCUCCGCAUGUUCCCUCUCAAAUUCGUCUGGUGGCUGCCUGCCUUUCCCUUCAUGUUCGCCAUCUUCAUCUACGACGAGACGAGACGAUUCUACCUCCGUCGGUAUCCAGGAGGCUGGCUCGAGCAAGAAACUUACUAUUAGACGCAAAAAGGAGAAUUAAUCAUACACGCAGAGCGCGCGCGCAAGAGUAAGAGCGAGAGUAGCAGAGAGAAUGAUGAGAGAGAGAAUGAGACGCAUACCCACGCAAAAAUAUACACCGAAAAAUAAUAAUAAUAUUAAUAAUAAUAAUUAACAAAAGAAACAAAAAAAAAAAAAAUAUGAAAUGAAGCCAAGAAGGUAAGAAAAAAUCAUUCACGUUAAAACACAUAUACAUUUUACACGGGGCGUGCUAUUCGGGUCUAUCCGUACUGUCGCGAGAUCACGAGAAAAAAAAAGAUAACCACUUUGGGGGUGGACGGAGCAAAGUUCGCGUCAGUCGAGCUCGAACCGUCCAACAACGGCGGAAUCAAACGUGCGGAGCAUUUCUUACGCUACGUGUCGAGGAAAGGAGGCACACUGUCGCGUGUUCAGCGGCGACAGCAAUCUCGCAAACAGUGUGAAGUACACGAAAAAAAAAAGAAAAUACAAAAUGAAAAGAAUAAAAUGAUAAAAAAAAAAUCUAAAAAAAAGAAAAAAAAACCACAAAAAAAUUAACGUGGAAAACACACACGUGUUCGACUUUCUGGCUCCGCGAGUCGCUUGCAUGCGCGUGCCGGUGUAUCAUUACAUAAAAUGGCCGUCGUUCGAGAAACAUCGAAAGGAUCGACCGGGAGGAUGAACAAGGGUUCAACGAGCAACGUCGUCGGGAAGUUUUUAAAGGCUUCCAGGUACACGCCCGAUAUGCUACCGAAGGUUAUAGGUGUCGGUGCUGCCAUCGGAUUUUCAGACAGAAUACACUAUCAGAGCUAGACGAUCGAGCGAAGACGAAGGGCCUAAACGAGCGCGAACGAAGGGAAUCGAGAAUAUAAUGCAUCGAGAUCGGCGAAUGGACAACCCGGAAAGGACACCCGUGAAACUUUGGACGAGGAUGCGGAGGAGAAACGAAGGCCGGCAGAUUCGUAUGGACAUCGACGGGUGUACACGAUAAAGUAUAUUCAGGAUCAUUAGAUCGACAAAACUAUUCAUAGGCAUCCCUGUGUUAAAUAUCUAACGAACAAUGAUCGCUGCGCUAGAUCGCCACGUGCUUGUUAAAAAUUUCAAAAUGAGCAAAAAAUAGAGAAGACGCUGAUGAAGCAACGUAGAUGGAAAUAACGGAGUAUUCGGUGUACUAACCGACCGGAUACGUCUCGUGACAACCAAGGGUCUCGAGUAGACACUUGAUCGAUCGUUGAUUAAUUAACAAUGAAACCAGUACGCUAGAUUGGCACGCCCUAGAGAUUAUCCACGACGAGGAAAGCAAGGAGUCACGACAAAACACCCAAACGAAAUAAACCAAAAAACAGUCGAACAAAAAGAAAAAAAAAAAGAAAGACAACAGACAUAUACAAGGUGUAAGAGAAGCGCGUUCGCAGUACUCAUUAAUUGUUCCAAUUGCAAGUAACAUCGUUCGGUUCGAGUCUUUGAUCCGAGCAGCUGUUUAGAACGGGCCAGGAAUGGACGAAGGCGACGAGGGGGGGGGGAACGAGAGAGACGCGAGUAAAGAGGAACCGCGAGUUCCGGUUAGGGGUGUGUACGCCAACGGUUCCACGAAACGAUGAAUACAACAAAAGGAAGUCGAAUGCGCGGGAGCACGGUGAGAAGCGGCAAACGGACAGUUUAAUAAGUAACUAUCAACCGAAUCACUACCAACUGACGAGUAUGAAGAGAAAUACUAAUAAAGAAACAAAGAAUGGAGUUGAUAUAUGUUGUUUAAUUACCACGUGCUGAUAGCGAAGCGGUGCAGAGACGCGGUUUCUCUCACCGACUUGAAACCGGACAAAUGAAUUAUGACAAUGUUAUUUGAUUGAAAGAAAAGAGGGAAAAAAAAAAAAAUGAAGUGAAAACGAGCUACAUAGAGAGUUUAAAGUAACCUGCGUCUAUCCCCGGGGCCAGUGUCUGUUUCCGGGGGUGCGGGGGCACCCACGAUAGUCGAGGUAACAGGAUAUAAAAAAAAAAUUGCUAGUAGAGGAUGGUGAACGACGUAGAAAAGAGCACAGAAGAGAGGGGAUUAUUAAUAGCGAAUGGAGAACCCGUAAAAAAGAGGAAAGAAAAAUCAUUCUUACUUAGGCGAAACUAAAAAGUAAAGGAAAAAAAAAAAGGUAUAAAUUCAUUCUCUUAGUUUUUCAUAGGUUUAAAAAAACGCCAGCGGGACAGCUCGCUAUAAAUCAUUGACCCCCGAACGCAGAACGCCCUGUACCACCAACCCCGCGGUCUGUCGUGCGUGUAUGCAUGUAUGUGUGUCGAACGUCGAUACAACGCCCCUUCGAAUUUUUUUAGGAGCAACAGAAAACAAAAGAAAAAAAAACCCCCAAAAAAAAAAAAGAUGACAAAACCUAAAAAAAAAAAAAAAGAAAUACGAACGAAGGUGACUUAAAAUGCCUGCCACGCGACUUUUCGGGCCGGGACGAUCCGAGAGACGUGCCAUCUAAAACAAGUCGUGGUCUUGUUUCUCGUGCUUUCUCCAAGUGUGACACGUACUCUAUCGGUUGUUGUUUUCUCGUCUUACUUUCUCCCUAUGUGUUUCGAUCAUGAUCACAAAGCCUCACCCGCUUCUUUGUGCGUGCGUUAGCUACACGUCGGUAAACGAAAGGCGCUUCGUUUCGGGCGGACGAAUAACGGGCGGAGAGCGUAGGUUUCGUAGCCGUGCGACACUCGUUGAUAGAUAGUUCGUCGUCGUCGGAUCGGAUAUCAACGGAUCUAGCUCGAACGGUUCAAUCUUCGAUUCCUCUUUAUUUUUCCCCGCGCGAAUCAAGGCGAACGGACUGUCGAGGAUCUAGGUAGACGAGGGUGACGCUCGCUCGGCGACCCUGGCCCCAAAACUACCCUAAGUGUUCAAUAAUCGAGGUGUUCUCGAGGUGCAGUGCACGCGUAACACGUUCCGCCUUCGCCGAUCCCGCCGUGCCUCGCCGCGAUCUUCCGUUCCACGAACGGAAGAUCCUCCACUCGGGUUUACGUGUUUCCACCGUGCAGCCCUUCCAAAAUGAAUUUUCUCUGUUGUGCGCGCGACGGGCUGGACGCGUCGAAACGGGUCGACUCGCCUAGAAAGAGAUCCGGUCGGAUCGGCGAACGCAUUCGAAUUGCUUUCGAGACACGCGGAUCGCCAUUUCGGAUCCAACCGACAUCGUCGUUAGAACGAAAGUGACGGAGAGAAUUACGGACAGAGGGCAGCAGUGUACCGUCGCGUUGCUCGUCGAACUCGGACGCGGAUCAGAGCCCCCCCGACAAACGGUGUAACCAAAACUUGGAUCGCGUAUAAAACACGUCCCCGGUUGUUUGGUUUUUUCUCGUCGAUGGAGUAGACGACACACACGAAUUCGAGUUGAUAUCAUCGAUUCUCUAUCGCAGUGCUAGGUGUUCGAAGGAGAGCUGUUCAAUGUUGCGCCGCGAUGUUAUUCCGUUUUCCGUGGCGUUUAUUCGUUUCGCGCUAGAGAUCCGGAUCAUACCUAUCACACAACGAAAUCGAACGAAGAGAAUGUGUGCGCGAAGGUUGCCGAAAAUGGAUUGCCUUUACGGUGGAUCCCCGUGUUUCGAGACGGGACGCGAAGUUCAAAAAGUGUUAAAAAGGUAAAAAAAAAAGAAUGCUAACGGUGGAGGGGGGAGGGUGAACGACGCAUUAGCCCGUUCGUUAUCGUAAAAUGAUUCGCGAUCUGGUGGCCGGAGCUUGGAUUGGAGGGAUCCGUGGUUUGUCGACAGGGUGUUCCGUGCCCGGGGGGCGUAGGAGCCCAAAAAAAAUGCUUUGCCGUCGUGCGCCUCUUUACUUUAGGCUAAUAAUUUAAACAUUAAUAAUAUAAUAAUAAUAAUAAUAAUUAUAAUGUAAUACAUGUUACAAUAAGAUAUUAUUAGAUGUAAUUAUUAUAUAUGGUUUAGUCUAGAUCGUGUUGUUGAAGAACAAAGUACGUAUAAGCGAACAAAAUAAAUGAUACGAAGUUCGACGACGAGAGAGAGAGAGAGAGAGAGAGAGCGAGAGAGCGCGAGAGCGAGAGCGAGAAAGAGAGAAAGAAAGAGAGCGAGAGAGAGAGAUUUAAAGAAAAAAAAAAGAAAAAAAGAAAAUCAAGGAAAAGUGGCGGCGAGAAGAAAUUUCGGUCUAAGACCAUAAAAUCUGCGGCGGACUGAGCGGGAUACAGACGAGAUAAUCCGCUUUUACUUUCGUACGUGAUCGAUCUUUUUUCGGGCAGCAACUUCACUUACGACCUUCGACACGAUGCAACUCGCAUUCAAGAGUCGCGCGCGCGCACCCAUCGAGCCGAGUCACGAAUAGAAAGUCCUAUAGUACGUUUCAAGACGGUGACGAUCACUCGAUUCGUUGGCUGCAUCGACACGGCGCUCCAAAAUAUCUUUGUUUCCAUUACUUUGUUCGAUAUAUUUAAUCUCUCCUAUUAACGUAGCGCGUAUAGAAUCGUAACUAUUGUUCGUUGUUAUUUAUAUACAUAAAUAGUAAAUUGUAUAAAUUCUAUUGCAUUUGUAUGUAUUCGGAGAGUAACGGGUGGAGUCACGUAUGGGGGGUCUCUCUUACCGAUGCAACCCUCGUCGCGGUCACGCGGAGAUUCGUUUGGUUCCGUUUCGUCGUCCCAUGGAACGUACUGUAGACCGCUUUUCUCUCAUACCCCAGACCUCGUGUUUUUCAAUUUUUCCGUUUUUUUUUUUUUUUUUUUUUUUUAUAUUGGCAUUUUCGUUCGUGAACCAUUUCGCGCCUCUGUUUUCGGUUUGCCCCUUCUUAUCUGCGGAUUCAUAGGAGAGAGAGACGAUCCUCGGCACCCGCGAGUCGCAAAUCUCUUCGUGUUCUGCAAACGAGAGCGAACCUCGAUCGUCGAGACGAACGUCGUGAACUGGUUAUUUUUUCCCCGGGUGAAUUGGCGUACACGAGCGGGAGAACAAGUAACGCGUGAAUGUGGGCGAGAGAACGAGUGUUUUAAUACGGAUCCUUCGCAUUUCGUUGAUCGCGAUCAAACCCAAUUUGGCGACGAAACAAUUCGAAUCCGUUACGAGGAAAGGAUAAAAAAAAGAGAAUCGAACUAUUUCCGCGAGAGACGAAAGAGACACAACGGUGGUCACGAGAAUUCCGUGGAACGUCGCCCCUGCACAGCCCGCCACACCACGACAGAAUCAUUGAAUGAUUAAAAUAUAAACAGAA